ACUUGGUUUGUCAGCAGGAUUUAUUAAUACGAUAACUGUUAGCAGUGGGGUGAAGUUUUCUUACCCGGACUCACUGUUGUCUCUGGAGCAGGGAUCCAUUGUCCGGACAGCGCCUGACUCAUUCAGUUGUGUACUUUGAGUUCACACCUAUAGAGUGAAAGUGAUUGAGAUCUUCAGUGAAGCUCCUCCUACAACAAUCCACCAAUAAAUGCUGGAGUCAAACACACAGAGAAAUCACUCCAUGUGUGACAACAAAAAUCUUCAUGACAUAAUGUUGGUGCCGGUGAAAGAGGAGCUUGAGAAGAUGACAGAUCCACAACCAUGCAGAAUAAAGGAUGAAGAUACUGAGGAACAAAUAGAUAUGAUGGAAGUGAAAGAGGAGAGUCAACCUGAAGUGGAUGAGAAACAUCAGAUUGUACAAAUAAACCAUAAUGUUUCACAGAAAGAAACUCUGAAGACAGAAGACAUAAAGUGUGAAAAGAGUUUCAGUGAAGAUGAACGCCCUGAAGAUCACAAGAGGACUCACAGUGAGGAGAAACCUUUCACAUGUCAACAGUGUGGAAAGAGUUUUAGAACAAAAGUUAACCUUAAAACACACAUGAGGAUUCACAGUGAGAAGAAACCUUUCACAUGUCAACUGUGUGGCAUGAGUUUUAACUGUAAAUCGAGCCUUAGCCGGCACAUGAGAGCUCACAGGGGGGAAAAGCCACACGCCUGCCAGCAUUGUGACAAGAGUUUCCGAGAUAAAAGUUUACUUGACAGACAUUUGAGGAUUCACACUGGAGAGAAACCUUUCAUAUGUCAACUGUGUGGAAAGAGUUUUAGAGCAAAAGCUUACCUUAAAGAACACAUGAGGAUUCACAGCGAGAAGAAACCUUUCACGUGUCACCUGUGUGGAAUGAGUUUCACCCUUAAAUCGAGGCUUAGCCGGCACAUGAAAGUUCACAGUGGGGAAAAGCCACACGCAUGCCAGCAUUGUGACAAGAGUUUCCGAGAUAAAAGUCAUCUUAACAGACAUUUGAGGAUUCACACUGGAGAAAAAACACACGCAUGCCAUCACUGUGAAAAAAGUUUUACAACUGUCGGUGGCCGUAACAGACAUUUGAGGAUUCACACUAGAGAAACACACGCAUGCCAUCACUGUGAAAAGAGUUUUACAACUGCAGGUAAACUUAAGACUCACAUGAGAAGUCACACUGGAGAGAAACCUUACACUUGUCAACUAUGCAGAAAGAGUUUCACCUUAAACUCAGGCCUUUUCCAGCACAUGAAAACUCACAGUGGGGAAAAGCUACACGCAUGCCAUCACUGUGACAAGAGUUUCAAAGAUAAAGUUAAACUUAAGAUACACAUGAGAAUUCACACUGGAGAGAAACCAUUUACAUGUCAUCUGUGUGGAAAGAGUUUCACAAUAAAAAAUAACCUUAACGUACACAUGAUGAUUCACACAGGAGAGAAACCGCAUCCGUGCCAUCACUGUGAAAAGAGUUUUAUAACUGCAAGUAGCCUUAGAAAACAUUCAAGAGUUCACACUGGUGAGAAACCUUACACUUGUCAACUGUGUGGAAAGAGUUUCGUAACAAAUCCCAACCUUAAUAUACACAUGAGGAUUCACACCGGAGAGAAACCACAUCUGUGCCAUCACUGUGGAAAGCGUUUUAUAACUGCAGGUAAACUUAAGACUCACAUAAUGUCUCACACUGGAGAGAAACCUUACAAAUGCUCUCAGUGUGGAAAGAGUUUCAAGACAAAAACAAACCUUAAUACACAUUUGAUCACUCACACUAAAGAGAAAUCGUUCACAUGCCAUGAGUGUGAAAAGAGUUUCAAAACAAAAGCUAACUUUAAAAAACACGCAAGAUUUCACACUCAAUAGAAACCAUUCACAUGUCAACAGUCUGGAUAUGGCAACAAAGUUUAGAAAUCAGCUGAGGUCUUAUUUAUAAAACUGUCUGGAGGAUCCUUACUAAAAGUCUACGUGCACACAAAAGCCAAAAAUGGCAUACGGCAAAAAAGAUCCAGGCCGUUUCUCAAUAUGUGUUCUUGUGAAACCUCAUCAGUUGUGGCCCAAGAACUGUUCCAAUUCCAAGUUCACAUCAAGUCAAGUUCACAUAACAUCUCAGGAUGUGUUCUUGAUCCGCUCAUUUUAUCGAGGAUGCAUCAGAAGGUGACUUGUGUGGACUUACGACAGACAAGUUUCCCAGAAUGCAUUUCACGUCAACGGCAGUGGAGCUUAAAGUCUGCACAAUAUUUGAAAUAUUACUCUUUUUGUGUCAUAAAACGUAGCCAUUUAUUCGAGAAUAUAGAUGAAUAACCUUCAAAUCUGUGGUCAGUUAGUAAAGAUUGAGCCUAUAUUAACAUUUCCUCUGAAAAUUUUGGAUAUUUGAGUUCAGGUUGAUUAGUGGGUUGUCAGCGCCGUGUACACCACCCAGAGCAACCUCAUCUCUGCAAGUCCCUCUGGAAUUUGCCGCUGUCUCAUUGCAGCCCUUCAGUGUCUGAUGGUCAAGCAUGAAAUAUUCCCUUUGGAGAUAUAUAUAUAUAUAUAUAACAGGAAUGUUUUGGUCUCAUCAAUUAAUUUUUCUUUAUUAUUCAUUUGAAGUCUGUUAUUUGUUAUUAUCAGAACUAGGGAUGCACCGAAUCCAGGAUUCGGAUUCGGCCGAAUACUGAGCUUUUUGACGGGGUUCAGGUUCGGCCGAAUCCUAGAUUUUUUUUCUACCGAACCCUAGGCUUGCGCUACGCUGUUUGACGUCACGCGGCCGUUGAUUACACACAUCGGGUGCUGAUGUGGAGAUGAGCUUUUUCUUUCGGUGAGCCUUAGGGGUUGGACACACCAAAACUUUUAAACACGGCUGAAAACGCCUUGAGGACGCCAAAUGCCAGCUGUUUUUCAGCCGAGCGCUUGGUAGCUGUGAUGCUUCAGCUGUGAGCCGGUUGGUUGGUGUGGUAAUGUCCCGCCCCUCCUCCACUGUAAUUGGACGGCCGUGUGAAAACUGACAUUGACGAGCUGAGCUUCUCACUCAAGUUAAAUAUAGUUUUCAGCGCGGAGCUGCUUGCUUAUUGGAAAAAAACGAGCGUGUCGCAACGCAUCGCUUUCAAUAUGCAUAGGCUUAUGGUAAUUGUCAAAAUAGUUUUUCCAACUUGUCAUCCUGGCAUAAUGUACAGUUAAAAUUAAAUAAAAUGAAAAAUACACUGCUGUGGAUGUUGUUUACUUCAUUAAUGUGCUUUACUGUGUUAAUGGAAUAAGGAUGCGAGUAGGAUUCGGUAUUCGGUUUCGGCCGAUUCUUAAACGGUGGAUUCGGGAUUCGGCCGAACCUAAAAAAUCUGGAUUCGGUGCAUCCCUAAUCAUAACAUCUAUGGGGAUCAACUCCCUUUUGGAGCGAGCCUCUAGCGGCCAGUUGAUGAAUUGCAGUUUAAGCUGGGUACACACCAAAAGAUAAUUGGGUUGAAUUUGGGUCGAUUUCCACCCCUUCUAACAAUCCUAGCUAUGUCCCGAUUAUCUUGAUGGCCCUACAGAUAAUCAUAUCAGAUUUUCCCUUGGUGUAAGGUGUGUAAAGAGUGUCCGAACCUGAUCGGAAGAACGUCAGAGCUACCCCUAUUGCGAAUCGUAAACAUUAAACAUGUUUAAUAUUUAUGAUCAGAAAUCCCGAUGUGUGGGGAGAACCCAGAGGACAAACGCACACACAUGCUGUAGAUUGUCACGUGAAAUGAAACGAUACUCAAUCAGAAAGCGAGCAGAUGAUGGAUAAAACCAUAGCAAUUGCAUGCCGCAGCAAAGUGAGAUUCAAUUUUAUUUAUAUAGCGCUGUUCACAAUUGUUAAUUGUUUCAAAGCAGCUUUACAUGAAUAGAUGUAGGGGAAAACACAGAAAAAUCGAUAGAUAAUAUAAGAAGCACAAUACAACGGCUAAGAAUAAACCGUACAAGCGAGUGUAGUAAUAAUGUAACGUAUACAGGAAAGUGCUAAGUUAAGCCAAUGUUAGCUUACUGUCCCGGGGAUGAAAAAACCCUUGGAGAAAACCCCUGUGGGAAAACUCCUAGAAGGACAAAAACCCUUGGGAGAGAUUAAUAUAUAUUUAUAUAUAAACACGAUAUGGAUAUGAAACGGGUAAGCGGAUUAAACUGGUUCAGCCGGUGGUUGUUGGUCGCGCAUCAGCUGGGCAUCACGUUGAAGGACAGCCAGUAGAUCAGUGGUGUGAUGACCUUCACAGCAUCAGGAACUGGGUCUGUUUGUCUCAUUGUCCUCAGGGUCAAGGACAAGACAGGGAGAGAAAAACAGAAUCCUAUUAGCGUAGGGGCCGUUCACAUGUAAUGCUAGUGUCAUACUGUAUUUUGGUUUAAAAUCCGCUCUGUUCCAGACAGGCUAACUAUUGCGGCAUAAGUAUAUUACCCAGAUGAGGUAUGUGAGUGCUUUGUUCUGGACAAACUAACUAUUGCGGGAUAGGUACAUUUACUUCACAUUUUAUCUGAAUGCUUUGUUAAAGAAGAAUGUCUUAAGUUUAGAUUUAAAUUGAUCGACUGUGUCUGACACUCAAACAUUAUUUAGUAAAUCAUUCCAGAGCUUAGGGGCUAGAUAUGAAAAGGAUCUACCGCCUUUAGACACUUUUGAUAUUCUAGGGAUAAUUAAUUGGCUAGAAUUUUGUGAUCGCAGUGUACGUGAUGGAUUGUAUUCUGAUAGUAAUUAUGUAAGAUACGAGGGUGCUAGGCCAUUUAAGGCUUUGUAGGUGAUUGGUAAUAUUUUAAAUUGUAUGCGAUAAUUUCCUGGUAGCCAGUGUAAAGAUGCCAGAAUUGGACUUAUGUGGUAAUACUUUUUAGAUCAAGUAAGCACUCUUGCAGCGGCGUUUUGAACUAGCUGAAGCUUGUUUACCUGAUUUGCAUGACAUCCCCCGAGUAACGAGUUAAAAUAGUCUAUUCUUGAGGUCAUAAAAGCAUGGAUAACCUUUUCUGCAUCUGAUGCAGACAGCAUAUGGCGUAUUUUUGAGAUAUUUCUAAGAUGGAAGAAUGCUGUGUGGCAGAUGUUGGCGAUGAUUAUCGAAUGUAAAUUGCUGUCAAGCACCACAACUAAGUUCUUAACCAUGAAAGAUGGCAUCACAGUGCAGCCAUCUAUGGACAACUUGCAAUCUGACAUAUAAUGUUUGGAGUGAUUUGGUUCGAUAAUAAGUAUCUUUGUCUUCUUGGAGUUUUGCAUAAGGAAGUUAUGUGCAAUCCAGUCCCUAAUAUCACUAAUGCAGUCUGUUAGCUUAGAAAACUGGUGGGUUUCGCUAGGAUGUGAUGAGAUGUUAAGCUGGGUAUCAUCUACAUAGCAGUGAAAACUUAUGUUAUGUUUCCUGAUAAUCAUAUAUAACGAGAAUAGGAUAGGACCUAAAACUGAACCCUGUGGUACGUCGUAUUUAACAGGGGAGUGAUAUGACUCUUCCUCAUUUACAUAAACAAAGUGAUAUCGAUUGGUUAGAUAUGACCUAAACCAGGCUAGCGCCUGACCACUGAUACCAACAUAGUUUUCUAGUCUAUUGAGUAGGAUUGUGUAAUCUAGUGUGUCAAAGGCUGCACUAAGGUCUAGUAAUAUAAGGAUGGAGAUUUCACCACAAUCGGAUGUUAAAAGGAGGUAAUUUGUAACUCCAAGCAGUGCUGUCUCUGUGCUAUGGUGGGGCCUGAAUCCUGAUUGGAACUUUUCAUAUGUACCAUUAUUCACUAAGAAUGUGCAUAGCUGGCUUGCCACUACUUUUUCUAAUACCUUAAAAAGAAAAGUGAGAUUUGAGAUUGGUAUAAAGUUAUUAAGAUGAGUUCUUUUUUUAAAUGAACAGUCUAAUAACUGCUAGUUUAAAAGCUGUUGGAAGGUAUUCUAAUUCUAGCGAUGAGUUAAAGAUAUUUAGUAUCGUGUCUGACACUACAGGGAAUACUUCUAAGUAGUUUUGUGGGAACGGGGUCUAAUAUACAGGAUGAUGAUUUGGAUGAUGUUACUAAUUUAGAGAGCUCUACUAUUGCAUAAGGUUUAAAUGACUCAAGAUGUUCGUAAGGUAAUCUAGUGUUAAAUGUACUAUUGGGUAGAGCGGUGGCUGUUUGCGUAGGUUCGAUGUUUUCCCUAAUAACCUUAAUUUUGUUAGUAAAGAAGUUCAUGAAGUAGUUACUAUUGUGUUGGAGUUUGCUACUGGUUUCUGUUUGUUCUUUGUUUCUAGUCAGUUUCGAAACUUUGCUAAAGAGUAAACGUGGGUUAUUAUGAUUUUCUUUAAUAAGCUUGCUAAGAUAGAUAGAUCUUGCAGUUUUUAUAGCCUGUCUGUAGUGUUGAACACUCUCUUUCCAUGCUGAACACCAUACCUCUAACUUUGCAUUUCUAUAAUUUCUUUACAUUUUUCUAGCUACUUUUUUAAGGGCUGCAGUAUGAUGGUCAUAACAUGGAGCUGGUGUUUUUUCUUUGAUUCUCUUUUUUCGAUUGGGAGCAACGGCAUCCAGCGUGCUAGAACAAGCGUUGUUCAGGUUUUCUAUUAUAAUAUCUAAAUCUUCACGAUUAUCUGCUACAUGUUUCAUUUGGGACAGGUCUGGUAGAUUGCUAAUAACGCUAUCUUUAAUGGUGGAAAUGAUUGUUCUGGCUAGUUUGUAGCAUGUAGUGGGCCGAGUGAUCCUAUCUAGAAGUACCGUGUAUGAGACAAUGGUCUGAAACUGCAUCGCUCUGAGGUGAUAUUUCGAUGUCAUUAAUAUUGAGCCUAAAUGACAGAAUUAAGUUUAAUGUGUGUUUAUGGGUAUGCGUGGGCCCUGACACAUUUUGUCUAAUACCGAGAGAAAUUAGAACAUCCAUAAACGCUAGUCCUAAUGCAUCUUUUGGGUUAUCAACGUGGAUAUUAAAGUCACCAACGAUAAGAGCUUUAUCUACAGCAACUACAAGCUCAGACAGGAAGUCUGCAAUUUCUUUAAGAAAAUCUUUGUGGUGGCCUGGAGGUCUGUAGAUAGUGGCUAAGACGAAAGAGCUGUUUGUUGUUAAGACCAGUUAUUUCCAUAUUAAACAACAUUAUUCAAAUUGAUUAAAUUUUAGUUCGGAUUUAUGGUUUACAUUAAAUAUUUUUUGUAUAUUGUAGCUACACCACCCCCUCUUCCCUUUAAUCGAGGUUCAUGUUUAUAAUAAUAGUCUUGUGGGGUGGAUUCGUUUAAACUGAUGUAAUCGUCUGCUUUAAGCCAGGUUUCUGUUAAACAGAGUGCAUUUAAGUUUUGGUCAGUAAUUAUUUCAUUGAUAAUAGUUUCUUUAUUGGUUAGCGAUCUAAUGUUAAGAAGGCCAAAUUUAAAGGGAAGGCAGAGUUACAGUAAGCAGACGGUAAGCAAAUGCUAACUUGAGCCGGCACCGUUUGUUGAUGCUAGCGGGCUAUAUGCUAACACUGGGUGUUUACUAGUGAUAAAUCAUUUCGCUUAGUAAUACUGUUCAAUAAUCGUCACGGUAAAGUAUUCCUUAGAUAAACUAAUAAGUUAUUUUAUAUAGAUAUGAACAAGAUAGUAAGAAAAUGGGAUUUAGAUUAUGAACUCGACGGAGCUCCAAUGCAUGCUGCAGCGUUGCAUCUCUCUCUCUCGCGUCUCUCUAUUGUGUCUCUCUUUUGCGUUUCUCUCUUGCGUCUCUCUCCACAACACAUGCACAUUAAGGCUUUCUGCCUUUGUGACAACCAGAGAUGUAAAAAAGCAAUCCAUUGUAUUAAUGAAAUUUCUUUAUGCCCGUUGUUUGCCAUCUUUGUUUACUGUAAAGUCACGUUUGGACCCGAGAAACAUUGCGAGAUUUUGCGAGAUUUCCUGUGUUCACAGUCGAGCGUCUGCCGUCUGUUUGAAAAUCUGUCCGUGUGUGGUGUGCUGUCUUUGACACAUCAUUGCACACCACACACUAUAGGAGCAAAACGGUUAAAUCUAGGACAUUUUUAUCCUCAUGCUUGUGGUCUAUCACAUUUUGAAACUCUUAUGAUGUAAAAUAUCUUUUGGUGUGUACCCAGUAUUAAAUCACUUUCGUAUUGCCCCUCAAAAUGCUUGUGUUAUCUGAACCACAUUCAAGCAAGGUUUUUGCAUUUUAUAUAUUUUAUAUAUUUUCUUUUUUUUUCAUUAAAGGGGACAUUUCACAAGAGAUUAAGAUGUCAAAUAAAUUUUUGGUGUUCCCAGAAUGCGUAUGUAAAGUUCUAGCUUGUAAUACCAUAUGAAUAAUUUAUUAUAGCAUGUGUAGGAUUGAAAUAGGAAUUUAGGAAUUUAGUUGUAGAAUUUGUAGGAAUUUAGUACUCUGUCACAACUUUUCACAACCCCUAUUUCCGUCCUGUACCAUCUGCAUUCCUGUGCUUACUGAUAGUGAUCAAAGAGUAUUGGCAGAGCUCUUUAUUCAGCACAUUGGGGGUUAAAGGUGGUCUUCUGAUUGGUCAGUUUGAAUGUAUGAUGUUAGGUUUAGUCACAUGGUCAAGGCAAGGGCAUAAAAGAAUAUGUUUGGUGGGUCUGCUCUCUCUUAUUCCUCUUCUUUUUUAGGCUGGUCUCCAUGAGCUCUGGGGUUCAGGCCAUUAGGCCUAGAUUUCAGUUCUCAAUGGUGAUUCUCUGUUUUUUAAACUUUAUUUAUUUCUCUGUUCUCUAUACUAUCAGGUAAUAUCUCACAUACUGUACAUUGGAAACAGUUAAUUGUAUGUAUUAUUUACCAUUUCAUGCAUUUAUAAUAUAACCAUUUCAAUUGUAACUUAAGUCAGUACUGCUAUUGGCUAAAUGUGUUGGAAUGAUGAAAAGAUCAUGUCAUUUAUUGAAUAUUAAAGCUCGACUCUUACUGUA